AUGGCUUCAGAUGAGCACUUAAGUAGGAGGAAUGAAGAAAAAGAAUCAUCUUCUCGGUUUGAUAGACGUGAUCGUGAAUACCGCCAUAGACGACGCCAUGAGCAGGACGAACGCGAAAUAAGAAGAAAAGAACGGCGUGAACGGUCACAUAGUCCUCGAAGAAAGCGUUCCCAUGAUGAUGAAACCUUGCAUAAACGAGAUGCUGAGAAAGAUUUUGCACGGAAAAAUGAUUAUUUUCAAUCUCGUUUUGCUGGAGGCAGUGGCUCACAAGGGAACGAUUCUGGACUCGGAAAUUUAGAGGGAAUGGAUUUUGGAAUGUAUGGGAAGCGUAUGUCGAAAGAACAUAUGCAUGAAGAACCUAAAGAUACUCCGGGUCGAUUUCGGAGAGCUACCCAAUCCGAUCGUCCUUCCAACAACACAACUACGGAUUUUCAAGAACAGCAGCACGUGAAAACCGAACGUGUUGAGUAUAAAAUUGGUGACAAUGGUUCACGCUGGAGAAUGAUGAAGCUUCGACGUGUUUUCGAUAUGGCAAAAGACAGUCAGCGACCUGUCGAAGAUGUAGCAUUUGAAAGGUAUGGCUCUUUAGAGGACUUUGAUGAUGCUUUAGAGGAAAAAGAAGAGUUAGAGUGCCGAAAAGCGACCGGAAAAACUCAGAAAAUUGCACCAACAGGUGAAAAGUAUCGGAGUCGUUUAGAGUAUGGGCAGAAAAACAAGCCACCGGUAUCGGAAUCUGCAACUAAGCCUACUCAGGAUGAACUGAAUAAGGUAAAAGCGCAGAUUUUACGUGCCCAGACGAAAGGGUCAUCCGAUUAUGAAGCGUUAAAGCAGCAAUAUGAUACCAUGUAUAAAAGUUAUGAGGAUUCAUUCAAAGGCAACAAUCAGGAUAACAAUCAAUCUCGCUUAAAGUCUUUCUCCAACAAAAGCGACCCGUCUAUCGAAGAAAUGGUUCAGGAGGAGAAGCUUUUAAACAAACUAGACAAGCAUGGGUUGAGCAAAGACUAUGCAAAGCGUAUUACCAAAGAUAGUAGGUACUCAAAUGAUUUGGAAUAUCUCGACGAGAACGCAAAUAGAUUGGCCGAUCGUAUGAAUCGAAGGGAAAUCAACGUGGACGAAAUAUUCCAAGGAGGAAAUUUAUCAAAAAUGAAUCGCGCGCUCGAUGAUUGUCCAUUAUGUAUGAAUGCUAAUUCACAGCCACUGGCACCUGUCAUUGCAUUGAGUCAUCGUAUAUACCUUUCGUUACCGACAAAGCCUGAAUUAGCAAAGUACCAUUGCUUAAUUGUUCCCACUAAUCAUCGUGUGAAUGUGCUAUCCUGUGAUGAAGAUGAAUGGGACGAGAUUCGUAACUUUAUGAAAUGCAUCGCUUUAAUGUUUGAUUCUAUGGGGAUGGGUGUUAUUUUCUACGAAAACGCACCUACACCUACAAGAUACCGUCACACUGCAAUCGAAUGCGUGCCUGUGCCCAAACGCACGCUUUCUUUAGCACCAGCUUAUUUCCGCGAAGCCAUUUUAACUUCUGAUGACGAAUGGUCUCAGCACCGCAAAAUCAUCGAUACCAUGGGAGGUGCUGAAAAAUAUGGAAAAUACGCUUUCCGUAAAAUGAUGGUGAAAGAAUUGGGCUAUUUUCAUGUUUGGUUCACGGUAGAUGGAGGCUAUGGGCAUGUCGUCGAAAAUGAAAAACUAUGGGGACGACAUGAUCAAGUUCCGAGGCAAGUGUUUGCGAGUAUGCUAAAUCUUCCGACAGAAUUCAUACGAAGGAGAGGCAAAUGGACUGGUGUAAGGGAUCCAGCAGAAGAUGUUUUUCGAGCGCGUUUUCAUCCAUUUGAUUGGACUCAAAGCUUGUUGGAAUAA